AUGAAAAAGGGACAAUCGGAAGGCUGCCCAGUACCAGAGGGAAAAGAUGAUGAGGAUGAUGAAGAAGCUGCUCCUACGACUUCUAAAGUUAUUACUGGAAACAAAAAAACUAAUGUCCCGCCGAUUCAAGCGUAUGUUGAUAAAGCAUUAAUAAAAACACUGAACAAGGAAAAUACGAUAGAUGAAGAUUUAAACUUUGCUUUAUCUCUUGUACCCUCAUUGAAGGAUUUAACCGCAGUAGAAAAACUUGACGCUAAGAUCACUAUUCUUUCAAUUUUUAAACAAAUAAGACAAGCCGGACGUAUUAAGGCUACUUCUCAAUCAAGAGUACAACAACACAGUUACAACGUAUUGCAACAACCUACGUACUCGUACUCUUUUCCUGUGUAUCAACAAUUGCAAACAUUUCAGACCGUACCCAGUCCUAUACCAUCUGCCAAUUAG